UCAGAGCACUAUCAGCUGUAUGUUCCUGAGUCAGCUCAAGUUGGUUCAGCUGUUGGGAAAAUAAAGGCAAAUGAUGCAGACACUGGCUCAAAUGCGGACAUGACAUACUCCAUCAUUAAUGGUGACGGUGUUGGCAUAUUCUCCAUUUCCACUGACAAAGAGACAAGAGAAGGGAUCCUUUCCUUAAAAAAGCCACUGAACUAUGAGAAAAAGAAGUCAUAUACCCUCAACAUAGAAGGAGCCAAUACACACCUUGAUUUUCGCUUUUCUCACUUGGGUCCUUUUAAAGAUGCUACCAUGCUGAAGAUCAUUGUCGGGGAUGUAGAUGAACCACCACUAUUUUCCAUGCCUUCCUAUGUCAUGGAAGUCUAUGAAAAUGCCAAGAUUGGGACAGUUGUUGGCACAGUUUUGGCCCAAGAUCCUGACAGUGCUAAUAGCUUAGUAAGAUACUUCAUUGACUACAAUCCUGAAGAUGAUAGAUUUUUUAACAUUGAUGCCAACACUGGAACCAUUAAGACUACCAAGGUUCUUGAUAGAGAAGAAACUCCAUGGUAUAACAUCACAGUUGCUGCUUCAGAAAAUGACAAUCCGAGCUUGCUGAGCCAUGUCACAGUGGGUAUUAGAGUUCUGGAUGUCAAUGACAAUCCACCUGAGCUUGCCAGGGAAUAUGAUAUUGUUGUCUGUGAAAAUUCUAAGCCUGGUCAG